AUGCGCCGUACAAAGAAACGUUACAUUAGUUCCUUUGUACGCGGAACUCGAUACGCGGCCGCUGCGCUGGGCGGCGUAGCGGGCGGGCGCUACAGCUGCGCACGCGCCGUUCGCUCCCAGGACCUCGCGCCCAAACGAUCCGAGUGCCGCCCUAGCCGCCCUCCGCGCCCGCCCCGAGUAAACACGCACGCGGCGCACAACGCACCACGCACCGAGCACCACGCGGCGGAGAGAGGGACGGCAUGCGUGCGAGCGGGACGGCGUCCGCGGCCCGCGUGGCAUGCAGUGAGGCGUACGCGGUUCGGAAUCGGAUGGGCCGCGAUGAACUGCGCCUACUACCAGCACGGGGACACCCACCCGGCGCCCCAUAACGCCAACAAUACUUACUUCAACGAGGGCUCGGGCCGCGCGGCGCCGAAACCGGGCCGGCCGGGCCUGAACGAAUCUCCCGCCAUAAUUAAAAACGCUCCAAAU